CACGGUUUCCAAGGUAACCGCGUUCGCCGGAAGGCCGCGACCCGGAAGAAGCCGGAAUCGGAGAGGGUGGGCCAGCGACUCAAAGUGGACUUCCGGGUCACGGCGGAGCGGGCUCUCACGUGGAGGCGCGGAAGUUUGGCCCACGGGAAUGAUCACCAAGACACACAAAGUAGACUUGUUUGCUGGGCUCCCAGAGAAGAAGAAGAAAAAGAAGAAGAAGAAGAAAGUGGUCAAAGAACCAGAGACUCCGCGCUCAGUUUUAAACAAUGAAGAUUACUUUGCUGAUGUUUGUCCUAUAAGAGCCACAUCCCCCUGUAAGAGUUCGGUUCACGGGCAGGCACCUGAGAUGCCUCUGGUGAAGAAAAAGAAGAAAAAGAAGAGCGUCAGCACGCUUUGUGAGGAGCAAGUAGAGUCUGAGACCAUGCUGCGUGCCAGGCGGACAGAGAAGUCACGCAGCCCCAGGAAGCAGGUACUUGGCCACUUAGAGUUCGUCAGUGGAGAGAAGAAAAGGAAGAAGUCACCUGUGGCCACGUCCCAUGCCUCUGGACUGAAAACCUCCCCAGACCCCAGACAGGGUAAGGAGGAAACCAGAUUUGGCAAGAAGCUCAAAAAACACAAGAAGGAAAAAAAAGGGACCCAGGAACCCACAGCCGUCUCAGUCCGGGACCCCUGGGUCUGUGAGGCCGGGGAUGCUGGGGACACUUGCUCAGUGGGGAAGGAGGGUAAGGAACAGGCAGUCGUGGGGCAGAAACGGAAGCAGAAGAGCCCCAGGGAACACAGUGAGAAAGUGAAAAAGAAAAAAAAAAUCCACCAGGAGGGAGAGGCCCUCCCAGGCCACUCUCAGCCCUCCAGGUCCAUGGAGAGCAGCCCUAGGAGAGGAAAGAAAAAGAAGCCAGUCAAAGUUGAGGUUCCGGAGUACAUCCCCAUAGGAGAUGGCCCGAAGGCCCCUGUGAAGAAAAAGAUGAAGUCCAAGAAGAAGGUAGAGCAGCCAGUCAUCGAGGAGCCAGCGCUGAAAAGGAAGAAAAAGAAGAGCAAAGAGAGUGGGGUAGCCGGAGACCCUUGGAAGGAGGACGCAGACACGGACUUAGAGGUGGUGUUGGAAAAGAAAGGCAACAUGGACGAGGCGCACAUAGACCAGGUGAGGCGAAAGGCCUUGCAGGAAGAGAUUGAUCGCGAGUCAGGCAAAACGGAAGCUUCUGAAACCAGGAAGUUGACGGGAACCCAGUUUGGCCAGUGGGAUACCGCUACUUUUGAGAACGAGGAACAGAAACUGAAAUUUCUGAAACUUAUGGGUGGCUUCAAAAAUGUGUCCUCGUUCAGCCGCCCUCCAAGCGCCACUACAAGGCCCACCAUGGCCCUCAGCAAGAAGGCAGCAGACAGCCUGCAGCAGAACCUGCAGCGGGACUUCGACCGGGCCAUGAGCUGGAAGUACAGCCGGGGAGCCGGCCUCGGCUUUUCCACCGCCCCCAACAAGAUCUUUUACAUUGACAGGAACGCUUCCAGGCUUACCAGCAGUAAUAGAAGAAUCAGGUUCCACCAAACUGUUGGAAGAAAAGCAGACAGAAUCACGUGCUGUUUCAGAUUGUGGCUGCAAAGCAAAGCAGGCUACUAUUUAGACACGUUCUCUCUCUUCUGGAGGAAGACCGUCAGAAGUAAUUAAAUGAACAGUCAUGAACGUAAGUGCUCCUUCAGGACAUUUAUUCUGUUAGAGUAUACUGAAGCCACAGAGAAUCUCAAAUUUGACCUCACUUUCUCCUUUGAUCUCCCAGCACAGAUUCUAAGUCCAAUCAAGAGCUGCUUUUGAUAGGAAAAAGUUAAUGGAGCGCGAUUUCUGCCUUUCAUAAAGCCUGAGUUCCAGACUUUGGGCGUUCUCUUAACCUGAAGGUACAAAGUGGCACUGCUUUUCAAAGUCCUUUUUCUCAGCUAUGAAAAAACAAAUACCUUCCAGAAAGGAAAGAUGUCACUUACAUUCUUGUUUCUCUUUUGCCAAAGGCCCAUUGGAUCCUUUCUGGGGCUGAGAAAUGGAAGGCCACUUGUGCAAAGCAAACACAGAGAUGCUGCUUCUCACUGAAGAUGGCAUUUUAAUGCUGUCACCCCCAUAUCUUCGCUGUCAGAAUAAUCUGCGUAGAGGCCAAAGCGUAAACCAGUUUGUA